AUGCUGCCGAUGACAGAGGUUUUGGAUAUCUUGAGGAAUCCCCAGCUCUUUCAUCUACAUGAUCAAGAAGAGAAUCCAGAAACCAUCCCCAUAAGGAACCCAGGGGUUCUGAAAGUUUCUCACGAAAAGUUUAGGCAUUUUCAGUACCUGUCAAUGACCGGACCUCACCAAGCUGUGAACCAAAUCCAGGAGCUCUGCUGGCAAUGGCUGCAGCCAGAGACCCACACCAAGGAGGAGAUGAUGGAGCAAUUGGUGCUGGAGCAGUUUCUGAACACCCUGCCAGAGGAGGUUCAGACAUGGGUGAGGUCGAAACAGCCCAAGAACAGUAAGGAGGCAGGAACUCUGGUGGCCAACUUGAUCCAAGCGUAUGAGGAGAAAGGUUUUCUCGCUCAGGACUCUGUCCUUGCAGAAAAGAACACCGAAGAAGACCGAAAGGACACAAAGAUGUUUGACAGUCUGCCAUCUGCUGGAUCUCCUUGUCCAUGUCAAGAAUCCCAAGUGGAGAUGCCCACAGGAGCUGCUGAGGAGUUGGUGACUUUCGAGGAUGUGGUUGUGGACUUCAGCCCAGAAGAAUUAAGCUGCCUUACUGCUGCUCAGAGGAACCUCUAUCGGGAGGUGAUGCUGGAGAAUUACAGGAACCUGGUCUCCCUGGGGUACCAGUUCCCUAAACCCGACCUUAUCUCACGGCUGGAAGAGGAAGAGUCACGUGUGAUGGAGGAAGACAGCAACACAAUAUGUCAAGAUUGGGAGAAAAAACUGGAAACCAAAGAUGUAACUCCAGAGCAAAGCCUGCCUGUACAAAAGUCAUCCUUGGGGGCAGGAACGGAGGGUUUGGAGGUAGGUAACUUCUGGCCUGUCUAUGUAGGAGAGUCUUCUCCUGAUGAUCCAUCAGAAUCACACCAGGUCAACCAGGAGAAAUUUUUGAGUCCUUUAACAGUGAGUGACCCCAAGACCCUCACUCAGGAAAGAAGCCAUGGCAGUGAUGAAUUUGAGAGAAGUUCAAAUCCUACUAAACAGUCAGAGGCUCCUCUAGGAAAGGAUCCCCAGGAAUGUGCUACUCCUAGAAUUUACACCAGUUCCCAGCCAGUGGACAAUAAGCCUUUCCUCCAAGACAACAAAUACCACAGAUGUGAAUUUUGUGAAAGAACCUUUAGUACCAAAACAGCCCGUGAGAUACAUGAGCGGAUCCAUACUGGGAAGAAACCGUUUGAAUGUAAACAGUGUGGAGAAGCCUUCUACCUCAUGCCACACCUCACCAGACACCAGAGGACUCAUCCUAGUGAGAAGUCCUCUGGAUGCAAUGAAGGUGGAAAGUCUUUCAUUCAGCGUGCAAAUAUCUGUGGCCGUGUAAGAAUUCAUAGGCAGGAGGAGUACUAUGAAUGUUUUCAGUGUGGCAAAGCCUUUCUCCAGCAUGUGCAUCUUUUUCAACAUGUCAAAGCCCAUGAGGCAGCAAAAGCCCUUCCACCUGAGUUGCCCCACAACAAGACAUAUUUAAUUCGCUAUCAGCGGAAACAUGACUAUGUUGGAGAAAGAGCCUGUCAGUGUUGUGACUGUGGCAAAGCCUUCAGUCAGAGUUCACAUCUCAUUCAACACUAUCGAAUUCAUGCUCAAGAGAGGCCUUACCAGUGUCAGCUGUGUGGGAAGUGUUUCAGCCUACCUUCAUACCUCACUCAACAUUAUCAACUCCAUUCUCAAGAGAAACCUGUCGAGCGCAAUUACUACUGA